AUGCAGGCCCCCAUGGUACUCUUGCUCAUCGGCUGUCUGCUGGCCCCGAGUGGCGCUUACAUCCUGGCACGUUGCGUAGUGGCCAAGAGGCUCUAUGACGGAGGUCUGGAUUAUUUUGAGGGUUAUAGCCUUGCAAACUGGGUGUGCUUGGCUUAUUUUGAAAGCAAGUUCAAUCCCUCGGCUGUCUAUGAGAACUCACAAGGUGGCUACACUGGCUUUGGCCUCUUCCAGUUCCGUGAUAGUGAGUGGUGCGACCAUGGCAGGAACCUGUGCAGUGUGUCCUGCUCCGCUUUACUAAAGCCAGAUUUAAAGGCGACCAUUCAAUGUGCCAAGAAAAUCGUGCAAGGAAAACAAGGGAUGGGAGCAUGGCCCACCUGGUCCCGGCACUGCCAGCUGUCAGACACUCUGGAUAGGUGGCUGGACGGCUGCAAGCUAUAG